AUGAUCACUGAUUUGGAACACGGUCCAUGUUUCCUCAACACCUACUCCGAAGCCGAGUUGACGGAGACUCGAGCCUGGGGUGACGACGUCAGCCUCGACUGCGAGAGUGUCGCCGUCGGAGGUCUCGCUGAGCGCAUCGCGUACACGUGGAUCUUCCAUCCACACAGUUCCGCCGACUCGAGUCCACCAGCACCUCCGACACCGCCGCCUGACGCUCCAGAAGGCUACGCGGUCUACUUCAAUCCGGACGCGCGCAAGAGGGCGUCGAGCGCUCUGAAGGAGGUCGGCGAGACGCCCGCCGACGUGGUGGCCCGCUUCACGGGAUCGACCCUUCGCAUCCGCCGGAUCACGCUUGCCCACGCCGGCGAGUACCUGUGCUCGGUGAGCGUGGAGGCCAAGAUCGGCGAAGUGCCCGGAGCUCUGACCAUCGGGAAGCUGUCACGAGCUUUUCGACUGCGAGUUCAACGUAAGUUUGAAUGGGAGGUCUUUAAAAACCCAUGUGUUGUUCGCCACACACCCCGAACGAUUCUUGUCAACCCAAUUUACAGGUCGUUUUUGCUGUAG